AUGAGCGAGCAGGGCCUGGGGAGUGCGAGGGAGAGGAGGAGCCUUUCCAGGCAGUCUCAAGGCAGCUCGAAGGGCGGAAACGAUUCGAAGACUGUACGCAGUUUUGUGGACCACGACCUUCUCACAGAGAACAAGCACCAUCUGCGCAAGGGAGUCAACUGGAAGUUCGACGGAGCCGGAGCCCCUCAUCCCUUCUUCCCCAAAGAGAGACCGAAGAAGAUCGUGACCGGCGUCACCUCCACGUGCCGUUGCGGUGCUACGACUGGCUAUGGCCCGGACCCAGCCGUUUCCUCAGAUCUUGCCAUUCGAAAGUGUUUCAACUGUCGAGUUCUGAGUGUCGCUGCAUUGGAUCCAAGGGGAGCACAGAACAAGGAAUCACAAAGGGACGCCAUUGCCAAGAUCCACCUGGAAGAUAUUCGCAAGAGGAAGAAGGGAGGGUGUUCUUGCGAUGGAUCUAUCGGGCGGCUAUGGAACUACAAGACUUCGAGGCCGUACGGUUGGAUUCAAGGGCACGUUGGAGAGAGUCGAAGUCGCAGCAGUGACUGGGAGGGCGGAGUAGAUCGACAAGAGGCCAAGAUCAGAAAAGAGAAGGCGUUGACCUGGUGGGAAAGAAGUGUUCUAAGAGAGAAGAUUACACCCAAGGAUCAGGAGGGACUGUAUGGUGGAGAACGUUACUAUCCUUGUAGAUCCUUUGUCUACUCUCCAACACGAGUUUUGAAAUCUAAUACUCCAGACCUUACCAAUGCUGACCUGCCAGAUGCCCGACUUGAGCUGGACUUCGUUUACGGGUACUCGGCCGGCUGCAUCGUCGGGGCGCCUUCGACCGAGUUCGGGGUACUGAUGGGAAGUGACGUGCAAGACAACCUCCGCUGGUUGUCCGACAAGGUGAUCGUCUACUUCACCGCAGCCACUGGAAUCGUCUACGACAUCGAGAGCCACACCCAACGAUACUUCUUCGGGCAUGAUGACGCCAUAACGUGCCUGGCGUUAUCCCCAAGUCGAUCUUUGGUAGCGACAGCCUGCAAAGAGAUCAUGCGAAACACGUUGGACCAGCUCAUGACAACAUACUCCAGAAAGACAUUCCAGCAGAAUACUCGGAGGUCUGGAAGGUAUCUUUUCAGCCUCGCCCCUCCCCCCUUCAUUCCUGACCACCUGUUCCUUUGGUCAUCAGGCAAUCCCUGCACGUCUUGGGGCGAGCUCAAGAUGGCUGACUGCACUUUUGUCUCACACGGCCCAAAGCACGUCGGCUUCUGGAGCCACAACGGCACGGAGUACGUGCGUACAAAGGUAGAGCUCGAGGACAACCCUCUGUGCGUUUGUUUCGUCAAGUCCCCCGACGCUCUCAGCACUUUCAUGUUCACUGGGCAGCAGAGCGGGUCCAUCAUCAAGUGGAAGGAUCACGUGCAGAGCAGCACCAUCAAGAACGCUCACCCCGGCGGCGUGACGCAGAUCGCAUGGUGUGCAGCAGGGCUGCUAUCAGGAGGAGUGGACUGUAAGCUCAAGGUCUGGAAGUACAAGAGUGGAGCCACGUUGCUGAAGGAACCGCACGUGGUGGUAGACCUGAAGGUCUUCGCCUACUCUCAGCACGCCUGGGCCACCAGCCAAGUUAUACCGAAGUCCUUUGACCUUCUGGACGACGGGACCCUCCUCCUUGGGACCUCGUCAAGUCAAAUUUUUGUCUUUCAGCCUCCAUCGACUUGGGAGGCAGAGGGAGAUGCUGCGGUAGACGGGGGCAAGUAUGGCAAGCUUGUCCUGGACUUUCACUACAGGAGGACGGACAACGAUUCCUUGCAGUGCGUCUCCUCCUUCCCCCUCCAGGGGACCUGCCACACGACUGGGAGGCCGAACGUCUUGACAGUUGGACUCCAGAUGAAGCACCUGUUCGUCACCUUUGGCCCUGACCACUCCAUCAGGGUAUGGGACACCAGAGCUCGGAAGCUGAUGCAGGCAAAGAGUUUGUUCCACGUCCGCAAGACAGACCAGGUUUCCUUCCCUAUCACUCCCACCAGCGUCGACAUCGCAGCCAACUGCCACCUGGCGGCUGUCGGCUGCUCCGACGGCUCCUGGGGCGUCUACCUGCUCAAUCGUAAGCAGGAGUGGGUUCAGAUCUACAUAACGAGCAAGGCACAGCUGAAUGAACUGAGGUCUGAGUUGAAGUCGUUCGAGGAUCAGAUGUUUGCCAUCCAGAACGGUCAGGUUGACCCAUACGUCAUGCAUCACACCAAUUCUUUGGACAUCCUGAGAGCUAAUUCCAUCAGGCUGAGGGAGGAGAUCUCCCGGUACGAGGACUUUAGCAAGAACGUCCCCGUCACCACCGUCAAGUUCGCCCCCAACAGCUCGUGGCUGGCAGUGGCUGGCCGUGAUGGGUCGGUGAGCAUCUUUUCCUGCCAUGACCUUAAGAUCGCCGGGCCCAACGGGGAGUGGAAGAGGGUUUGCUCCUUCGACCUGGACGGGGAGGUCUUGGACCAUUUCCUCCUGAACGCAGACAAGGCAGAGCCCUCCUUCCGCAAUACUUUCGGCACUGUAAACAACAAGAAGCUCGUCCCAGGAGAGGUCGAGCUGCCAGGCCUGCAAGGUCGGGUCAAGCUGCUGGGCUCCUGCAAGGGUCACGGCUCGCCGAUCACCAAGAUGGACUGGUCGGUGGACUGCAAGGUGCUCAAGACCUGCUCGGAAAUGCUGGAGCUCCUCUACUGGAACAUGCCGCGAGGGACUCUGGGGACCCGGGCCAACGACUACCGAGACCUCGACUGGGCGUCAACCUCCUCUGUCUGUGAUUGGUACUUGAAGGGGAUAUGGCCAACCGGCUGCGAGACUUCCACAGUCAGCGCUGUUGAUGUUUCCAAGGGCAGAGGAGACGUUCAAGUGGUGGUAACUGGGGACAAACUCGGGCACGUAAAGUUGUUUCGAUCUCCCUGUUGUGCGGAUAAGGCGAAGUAUCGAUCUUACAUCGGCCAUGCUUCUCACGUGCGAAACGUCAUGUUCUCCAGGGACAAUGACUAUGUGAUUUCUCUCGGAGGGCAUGACAACAGCAUCUUUCAGUGGAGGUAUCUUCCCUUCUUCCCUGACUUGCUUCCAACUCCAGAGACACACAAAGUUCUGUUUGACCUUGUUCGCAUCCCUUCCACCUACGAGAUGCAAAAAAGCCAUCGUUUUGGGAAGCGCCUGGCAGCAGCUGUAGUUCAGCUGCAGGUCAAGGAGGGUAACCUGCACACGAUAUCCUAUCUCUUCGAGCACAUUCGGGAGUUUUUAAGGCUUCACCCGACCAGCGUCAGCUUCAAGCAGCUCGAGGACCCUUCUUCCUACCUCUUGACCAUCGACGAUGCAGCCCGUAAGUGGAUCUCUAGCACUCCUCAUCGCCUCGCCGAGCAGCUGGUGGACAACCUUCGCUUCCCUCCUAUUGAGGUCUCAAGGAAAUUCUUCUCGUUCGGGUGUGUCGUUCAUGCAGACCUGAUUGAGCAAGAUGAUCUUGACUCUGCCAUACCGCAAGGGGACGUUGUUGGUUCCUUUGUUCAACCCCCCGGAUUCAACAAAAGACUUUACAUGCUUCAAGCUUCAGGAACCACGUUUCAUGCUUGUAAGAAUCUGAGAACUGCGGUUGAUAGGAUAGAUCCAACCAAACAGAAGAUGGUGUACAUAGCUGGACAUGCCGUAGUGCUGCUGGACCUUAACAAGGAGAAUGCGAAACAGAAGAUCUUCAGCGAACAUCCUGACAACGUUGUAUGUGUCGCCAUACAUCCCGACGGAAACACAAUCGCGACAACUGAUUGCAGGAAAGAUCCGAAGAUCGUGAUAUGGGACUCAGAAUCUCUGACAGUCCGAAGGGAGCUGAAUGUCAGGGGGGCCAUUGGGUCCUCGUCGAUCCAGGUUGUUGGCUCCUCCAAGAUCGUCGGGCCUGUUGAGUUCGAGAGGGUCCAGAUAGACAGCGAGAAGUCUUGCAACUUGAUCAAGUUCGCCGUGGAGGAUUUGAUGACGUCAGGCAUUGAAAUCGAUUCUUACAUCCAGGUCAAGGACCAGAUACUCCGGGUAGUUGAUAUUGACGGCGAGCAUCUUAGCUGUAAGACGGCCUGUCUUGGCACGUCCUCGCAGCUCCAUAAGGAAGGCGACGAGGUCCGAGUGUACGCUAGAGGGUUCCGACCAAGGGAUACCAACGGGAUCUGCUGCCUCACCUUCUCCUCCCACAACUAUGGCGAUUCGAUCGCCUGUGUUUUCUCUGACGACUCCAACACCGUAGCCUUGCUGGAUGCGGCGAGAGGGGCGAUCAUUGCCAAGGAAGAGACGUUCUGCAGUCAGAUCCUGUGCAUUGCCUGCCACCCCAAGGAGAACAUCGUCGUCACAUGCGGUGUCGACCACAUUCGGUUCUGGAAACCCGUCGGCGCAAAGCUCGCUCCUAUGCUCCCAUCCUUCGGGGAGUUGGGGAGGAAUCAAACGUUUCUGUGCAUCGGUUUCUGUUUCGUGCAGUACUUGCUGUAUGGAGGAGAAACGUGGGCUGAAGGAUGUCCGGGGGGCUUCGUGACUUUGACGGGGACAGUGGAUGGUUGUGUGUACAUGUGGGAGUCCAAUCAGUUGGUGAAGACUAUCUUCAUGGCACACGACGGGCCUGUCUUGGAUCUCGUGGUCCUGGACAACGUGGACUCGAGCAUCUUGACGGUUGGCAGUGACCAGAAGGUGAAAGUCUGGAACAUCGUGGACUGGUCCUCCCCUCCCCAGGUGAUGCUGCCUGAGGAGAGGCAGAUCUGCCAAGUUGACAUGUCGGAUCUGCUUCGAGAGAGCCCAGCACGGCUUGGGCAGGACUCUGCCCUCGUCAGCGUGUGCGUCAACGAGGAUUCUGUGCUGGUGGGAACAUCCUGCGGCAAGAUCGUACAGCUCUUCUUGGAAGACUCCAAGUUGACAGGCCGGUAUGUCGUCCGAACGGACAGCUCCACGUUUGUUGCCGGGGAGAGCGCGUUUGUGGUCUGUGACAGCAAGUCCUUAGGGUUUGUUUCUUGCAGCGCCAGUUGUCACGUGAAGAAGUGGAAGAUCAACGAUCAUGGAGAUUUCUUUCCUCUACAGUGGAUGGAGAGCAGCUGGACCCUUGCUGAAGUAACGGCUCUGGAGUUGUGCAGCAACACGGAGAACUCAGAGCUCCUAGUCAUCGGGCACAGGGAUGGGAAGGUGGCAAUCUGCGACUAUCAGGCCUUCCAGCUCAUGCAUGUGAUGGAUGAGCCUGCUGCUGGAGGGGUUGUGCUCCUGAGGAGCUCGCCUGACAGGAAGCACCUUGCAGUGACCUUCAGCCUCGGGGUGGUUCACCUCUACAGCCUGACAACUUUCAGUCGGGUCGCAAGGAUUUCGGGUGACAAGCAGGAGGUGUUCGGGUUGGAGUGGUCAAGAGACUCAGCCAUCCUGUUCACCAACCUGGUCCAAGGGGACAAGAGCGUCAGCGUUGAUGGAUCCCACGAGCUCGAGCUUCGAGACAUCACCUCCCUUCACGAGGUCACGACGGCUGGUUGGUCCAGCCCGACAGGCUGGGCUUCCAACGGGUUCCGCGCGGCCGACGGGCUCCUGGCAGGAGUCACUUGCGUCCAGCUGUCGCCGAGCCAGACGUUCCUUGCAGUGGGCGAUGACUUCGGGAGGGUCACCCUGACGGACUUUCCCUGUCUGACCAGCAGCGAGCUCAGGCUCUCCCCCUUCGCCGCUCACCAUGGCCCGGUGAGCAGCCUGAGCUUUUCCCAUGACGGUAGCCUGCUCCUCUCCUCCGGUCUGCGGGACGGCUGCCUCCUCGUCUGGCAGGUCAUCGACAUCCCUUCCGACGACUUCGAGCCCAGCCCUCACCUGCUCCGCGUCCUUCGCAAGUUCGAGUCCCCGUAUCAGGUCCCUCCGGUCCCGGUAGAGGAGCAGCAGGACAUCUUCGAGCAGGUGCCGGACUAUGUCGUGGGCCUCAUCAAGCCGGCGGACCGCACUGAGGCAGGGGCGCUGGAAGGCCUACACAGCCUGCCCCACCAAAAGCUCCAGCUGCUGUACGUGUACAACAAGAGAGGGUACGACUCGUUCCAGGACGUCAGGGUGCUCAACAGCGGGGAGCUGGUCUACUUUGCUGCCGCGAUCGCAGUCGUGCAUGACAUCAGUGCUGAUGGUCAGCUGGACAGGCAGCGAUUCUUCACGAGGCACCGCCAUGAGAUCGGCUGCCUGUGCGUUCACCCGGAUGGUUGCAUGGUGGCCACGGGCGACCUCCACUCUACCUCGAGCGUCUACGUGUGGAAUGCAGACACGCUAUACUACGACCUAUCUGAGAGAGACUACUGCUCAUCCACUACCAUCCAACUUCGGUCGAACACGGGGGGAGUCGUUGCCCUCAGCUUCUGCGGAGACAACAACGGGAACCAACUCGCCGCCAUCGGGCUCGACGGCUACUUGUACAUCUACGAGUGGAGCAUCGGCCUGGAAGUUGCAAAGAUCCAAGCGGAGGGAGAGCCGAGGAGGCAUAUUCUGUCUCUCACCUGCGAUUUCAAGGUAUCAGGACAGCUCGUUUCCUCUGGCAUCAAUCACAUCAAGUUCUGGACGCUGGUAGGGAGGAAGAUCGUCUCUCAACCUGGCAAGAUGGGCGACCAGCAGGGCAGGCUCGAGGUCUUCCUCCGGACUGAGUUCGGCCCCUUCGCCAUCGCAGUCAGCGGGACGGAGAGCGGCAGCAUCUACAUGUGGAAAGACGCGCUGCUCCUGCGAGUCAUUCCAGCAACACGCAAGGCAGAGAUCUACGACAUCUGCUUCGUCUCCUCGAGCACUGGCGCUGCUUCCCAGAUCCUUGCCUUGACAGGGGGAGCUGACGGCGUCUGCCGCGUGUGGGAGAUGAGGAGCCAGGGGGAGGAAAUCAGGAUGGAGCGGUUGGACGAGGUCGACCUCAAGGGUCUGCAGCAGGACCGGAAGGGGAGCGUCUGCAUCACCUCCAUCCUCAAGUUCGGCAGCUCCAUCUACCUACGGACAGCCGAGAAUCUCUUGUACUCAGCGGAGCUACACGAGAGCUCUCCUAUCCUCGGUUCUUUGAGGCUCCUGUACCAUGGCCACACCAUCGGCUCCAUCGCCUCUAUGUGUGCCAACCCCAGGAAGCUUCUGUUCGCUACCGCGAGCACGUCCAGAGAGGUCAAGGUGUGGGACAUGGAGAAGAAGAAGAGCCUGAGUGACUUGUCGCUUGACUGCUCGCCGACGAUCAUGGACUGGCAUGCUACAGAUGAGGAACCCCUGGGGAUCAUCGCCAUCGGAAGCUCGGAAGGGAAGGUCAUCCUGCUGAAGCUGCUGGAGGACUUCAGGCUGAACAAGCUGCAAGAGCUGAGCAACAAGCCCGAAGCAUGCGUCUCUGCCAAGUUCUGCCCUGCUGGAACCGACCUAGUCAUCGGGUACGUCUCAGGAUCCAUCGGAUUCUAUAGAAGGCCCUCCGGGUCCGAGCAGUUCGAGCUCGCUCAGUCCAUGAACGGUCACUCCGGUCGGGUGAGCGCCAUGGACUGGACUGUAGAGAACACCCCGAAGUUCCUGAGGAGCAACUGCUUCGACCUGGACGAGCUUCUGUUCUGGCAGGUGGAGGGAGCAAACCCAAGACAGGUCAAGCGCAUGAAGGACGUUGAGAAGUGCCUGUGGCACUCGGACGAUUGCAAAGUGUCGUGGGCGAAUCAGGGCUUGAUCAAGAAGAUAACGAACUCAGACUACCGGCCCAAGUACUCCAUCACCAAGGUCGUCGCCUCCCCCUGCAGGAACUUCAUCCUGUGCGGGGAUCAAGCUGGCAAGUGCUACAUGUUCCGAUACCCCUGCCUGAGUGAACGGAGUCUCGGCAACCCGAUCUAUGGGCACAUGAACUGCAUCACAGGCAUCUCCUUCUCGUUCGACUCCAGGACCGUGCUGAUCUCGAGCGGAGAGGACAACUGCGUCUUCCAGUACCUCAUCAUAGAGAAGGAGUGGAUGAAGAGGAAGGCAGAGAUCGACAGGCAGAAGCAGCUCAGGGAGUUUGACGACAAGAUGACGUCAGCGUCCGUUGCGAUGGCCAACGUCAAGUUCUACCUCAAGCACAACAAGUUGGCCCAGAGUGUGCGGCAGUUCAAGCUCGCCAUCCGCCUCUACCGCGAGUGCGACGUCAUGGACGAUCAAAGGACUAGCCUCAACUCCCUGGGGGAGGAGCUUCUCACAAACAUCAUGAGCUCUCUGAAGGAAAGGCUGUCCACCAUCGCCUCCACCCUGGACGACUUUGCCAUCGACAUCAGAGGAAGGCCAGCGAUCGAUGACAUCGAGAAGGGGGAUAAGGUCGCUGCCCUCCUCCAAGAGUGCCAGAGCCUCUUCGACACGUCCUCAGGCCCGCAAGCCUCCUCCCUCCUGGGGGAGUUCAGGGCUCGCAAAGAGCAGUUCACCGACAUCCUGCUCAAGUUCCAACAAGGCUCGCAACUGCUCAGGGAGGCGCAGCAGACUCGUGCUGUCUUCGAGCACAAGACUUGGGAGCUGCAGGAGUUCCUCCUCGACUCCUCCUACUCCGACUCGCCCCCCUGGAAGUCCAUCGCCGAUAGCCUCGUCCGAUCGCUGGAUGAGUUGCAGUCGAUCCUGGCGGAGGAAGAGGAGAGGGCCAGGCAGUCUAAAGAUUGUUUCAAAGGACUCGACGCGUCUAGAGGCCUGGACGUGCAGCGGCUGCUCAACUUUGAGAGCGUGCUGGCAGAGCACAGGGAGGAGGUACAGAGGCUGCAGCUUGCGUCAGCGUCUGUCGCCUUCCUGCCUGCGGGGCCAAACGAGAUUGUCCCGCAAGAGAAAGUGGGAGAGACGCUUUCGGAGCUGGAGAGGCUGCUGGACGAGUUUGACAAGAACCUCUGGGCGAAGCAGGUUGUCAGGUUGCUGGUGGACAUCUUAAGAGGGAGACAGAGAAGAGCGCGAGGAAGGUUUGCUGACGACUAUGACGACGACUGGUCGGAACCUUCCUUUGAAGAUGAAAGAAGGGAGGAGGACGGGGACGGGGACGAAGGGGAUGUGAGCAUGACGCGGCCAGAAGCGGGGUUGAGGGAAGAGGAACAGCGAGAGCAGGACGUUUCAGUGGAUGGAGGCGGCGGAAUGCAGAGGGAAGCAGGGCGACGAAAUGUAAGGUUGGAUAGCAGCAGCGGGAGCGAAGAAUUCUCCGAGGAAGUUGAAGAUGAUGUGGAUGAUGAAGACGAGGAGUGA